AGGGUAGAGAUGGAGAGAGAGAGAUCAAUAGCCCCCUUCCCUGCCCACACCCUGCAGGAGGUACACACGCAGUGUCAGACGCAGCUCUGGACCACUCAUAGACAGACACAGGCACGUGUAGCUUUUGGACACCGCACACCCUGCUCUACGCUAUCAUGUCUGACAAACCCAAUAUGAGAGAAAUCUCCAGCUUUGACAAGACAAAGCUGAAGAAGACGGAGACCAGAGUAAAGAACCCAUUGCCAACCAAAGAAACAAUCGACCAAGAGAGGAAACGAGAGCCAUCGCCUUGACCAGAGGAAGAGGUGUUUCCACCCAGCUACUUUAAUUUGAUUCUCUGACCUCCAUCUGUCAAGAACCAUAACUAUGAAGGGAGAACAGGACCUUGACUUUUAUCACACUGGUGCUCAACGAAAUUGUAAAAUGAGGGGUAUUAGGAUUGGUUGCUAGUCAGAGGAUGUUUUCGAAACACUUACUGCUCAAUGUUUUGUAUGUCUCUUAAGUCAGAGUAAUAAAAUAUGACAAAAAUA